AUGGACGCUUACUCAGUAUCUUUUACCAGCCCUGACCACCGGAGUACAUCCCGCAUCUACCAGGACCUCGAAUCCUGUCGAGUUCAGAGCCUCUUUGGGACCGGCCGAGACAAGCUGCUGCUCAGAUCGCUGACAAUGGACUCACUUCUGCGGCGCAAACAAUCCGAGUCAGGCCCCAGACCUCAUGUGGCUAUCAUCGGCGCUGGCCUCGCCGGAUUGCGUUGUGCCGAUAUCCUGAUCCAACAUGGCCUGCUGGUGACCAUAAUCGAAGGCCGGGAACGACUCGGAGGCCGCAUGUUCCAGGAAACGCUGCCGAACGGACACACCGUCGACCUUGGACCCAACUGGAUACAUGGCACCGACGACAACCCCAUCAACGACCUUGCCAAGGAGACAGGGACUGCUACUGGCCACUGGGACCGUCGGUCGUACGUAUUCGAUGAGGCGGGGGACUUAUUCGAUCUGAGCGAAAGCGAAGUCUACUCGACCAUCAUGUGGGGCAUUGUCCAAGAUGCGUUCGACCAUUCGAAUAAGAGCACGGCCGAUAUCCAUCCCGAUGAGAGUCUAUGGGAUUUUUUCCAGUAUAAGGUGGUAGAGAAAAUUCCCGAUACCGAGGAGGACUACGCCAAAAAGAGGCAAACCGUUCUCCAGAUUGCCGAACUUUGGGGUGCUUUUUCAGGAAGCCCAAUCGAAACCCAAAGCCUAAAGUUCUUCUGGCUUGAGGAAUGCAUAGAGGGCGAAAACGUAUUCUGCGCCGGCACCUACGAAAAGAUAUUUGAUAGGAUUGCGCAGCCUGCGAGGCACAAUGCGGAUAUUAAAUACGACACCCGGGUUGUCAAGGUUGAGUUGAAAACCCCGGAGCGCGAGAAGCCCAGGGUACACACCAACACGGGCGAGACACUUGAGUUUGACGAGGUCGUCAUGACGGCACCGUUGGGCUGGCUGAAAAAGAACCUGCAAGCCUUUGAGCCGCCGUUGCCCGACAGGAUCGAGCGCGGGAUCCAGGCGAUUGGCUACGGGUGCCUUGAAAAGGUUUACAUCAGUUUCCCUAAGGCGUACUGGCUCGAGCCCGACGCGGAAGGGCGGGUAGUGCAAGGCUUUUGUCAAUGGCUGGCCCCGAAUUAUACCCCAGAUACGAACCCGAACAGAUGGAACCAGGAAAUUGUCGACCUCGCCUCGUUGGGCGAAUACUCGCACCCGACGCUACUGUUCUACAUUUACGGAGAUGAGUCGAAAUACAUUACAGAGGAGGUGGCCAAGCUGAAGACGAUCCCGGAGAGGAACUUCUUCCUUUACGACUUCUUCAAGCCCUACUACUCCCGGCUGCCGCACUAUGACGAGACGUCGCCCGACUGUAAGCCCACGGGGUGUCUUUCGACAGAUUGGAUGCGAGACGAUCUCGCGGGCAACGGUAGCUACAGCAACUUCCCCGUCGGACUGACGGAGGGCGACAAGAACAUCGAAGCGAUGCGGGAGGGCGUGCCGGAAGGCGGUCUAUGGCUGGCCGGCGAGCACACGGCGCCGUUCGUGGCGCUAGGGACGGCGACGGGGGCUUACUGGAGCGGUGAGAGUGUCGGUCUGAGGGUGGCCGAGGCUUACGGCAGGGCGAGCAGCAGCAAGGUUCCCGAGAGGAAGGAGGAGUAG